AUUAUAAACACGAGGCCGAUUUAUAUAUUUCCAAUUAUCUGAAUUUGUCCAGGGUGAGGAAAGCAAAUGAACGGAAUCCGUCAUUCAAAUAUAGCCUAUCUGUAGGCAAUAAAUGACUAGUGGUCAAUAAAAGUGGGGACAGGAGUGGUAAUGGUGAAUAAAAGUGGUUCCACGUUUACUUGAUUUAAUAUACGAGGGUAUGCCGCUGUGAGGAAGUCAAGUUUAUUCACGUCUCCGCUCUGCCCGAAGGCUGGUGAAUAUCUGAGCAGACCUCAGCCCGGCAGCCAGCAGCGCCUCCCCCCUCCUUCCUCCCGAACAAGCAGUAUAUUCAUGCGGAUCUCCCCGGGACCCGACAGCCGUCAGGGACCUUGGACCGCCAGCCCCACCGUCUUCCUCUACUGCCACGGGGCCACCGCCAGCUGCCAGCCCCACACCAUGCGGACUAUCUUCUUCAGCACAUGGGCGCUGCUGCUCCUCUCUUCAGUGUCUGCCCAGACCCCACAGAGGCCAUCCUUCACUUGCGGGGGCAACCUGACUGAGGAGUCCGGGCUGGUGGGCAGCCAGGGGUACCCCGGAGUCUACCCCCCCAACACCAAGUGUGUCUGGAAGAUCACGGUCCCCAUUGGUCGGGUGGUCGUCCUCUCGUUCCGCUUCAUCGACCUGGAGAGUGACAACCUGUGUCGCUAUGACUACGUGGACGUGUACAGCGGGCACGCCGGCGGCCAGAGGCUGGGCCGCUUCUGUGGGACGGCGCGGCCGGGCGCGCUGGUCUCCACGGGCAACAAGAUGAUGGUCCAGAUGAUGUCCGACGCCAACACCGCCGGGAGCGGCUUCCUGGCGGUCUACUCUGCUGCCCACCCUCACCAGAGAGGGGAGCUGUACUGCGGGGGUCUCCUUGAUAAGCCCACUGGGUCCUUCAAGACCCCCAACUGGCCGGAGAAGGACUACCCAGCGGGGGUGACCUGCUCCUGGCGCAUCGUGGCCCCCAAACACCAGAUCAUCGAGGUGAGGUUUGAGAAGUUCGACGUGGAGAGAGAUAACUACUGCCGCUACGACCACGUGUCCAUCUUCAACGGACCCGAGAUCAACGACGCUCGCAGGAUCGGGAAGUUCUGUGGAGACAGCCCGCCAUCGCCGGUGCUGUCUGAGGGGAACCAGCUGGUGAUCCAGUUCCUGUCUGACCUCAGUCUGACCGCAGACGGCUUCAUCGCCCACUACACCUUCAGGCCCAAGAAGUACAUCAGCUCCACCCUUCCCCCCGUCACCACCACCCAGCCGCCCACCACCCGGGCCAUACCUAUGAAGUACUCUGCAGCUCUAUGUCAGCCGAAGUGCAAGAAGAGAGGAAGUCUGGAGACCAACUACUGCUCCAGUAACUUUGUGCUCACAGGGACAGUGAUCACGGCGUCCGUUCGGGGGGGCAGUGUCUUCGCCACCGUCUCCAUCCUCAACCUUUAUAAGGAAGGGGGCGUGGCCAUCCAGCAGGCGGGAAAAACCAUGAGCACCAAAAUCACCAUCUUGUGUCGGAAGUGUCCUCUGGUUCGUCGAGGGAUGAGCUACCUCUUCAUGGGCCAGGCGGAUGAAGACGGACGGGGGACCAUCGGACCGCAGCACCUGGUCACCGCCUUCAAGACCCGCAACCAGAAGGAGCUGAGCGGCCUGAAGACCCAACACUGCUGAGGCCUACCGGCUCACAGCUGGAGCCCCGACCUACACCUAGAUCCCCCUCACAGCUCGGUCUGCACACCUUCUGGAGAACAAAUCAUAUAGAACCCUCAGUCUACACACCUGCUGGGGAACACAUCUUCUGGAGAACAUAUCAUAUAGAACCCUCAGUCUACACACCUGCUGGGGAACACAUCUUCGGAGAACAUAUCAUAUAGAACCCUCAGUCUACACACCUGCUGGGGAACACAUCUUCUGGAGAACAUAUCAUAUAGAACCCUCCUCGCAGCUCAGUCUACACACUUGCAUAUUCAGGUAGAACGUAUAGAUAUAUAGGUUUAGAACGUUACAUAAAAACGUGGUGAAAUCAAUUCAUUCCAAUAAUAUCCUAAGUCAGGACAGAGUGCCAUCUCUCGUUCUGUGAUAGGGACCAGGCUACUGUAGAUGUUCUGUUUAGCCCUCACACUGUUAUCCGACAGGGUAAGAUAAGAUGUGCGUCAAUAGUCCAGCGAGAGAGGAGCAGAGGGGAGACUUUAACACGACAGACCAGACGUGGGCUUCGACUUGGUUAAGGAGAGGGGGUCUCAGCGAGGCUGGAGUACUGAGGCCUCGAUGAGUGUGUGUGGAUGCGUGUGUGUUCCGUGUGGUGGCGUGAGUCAGUUUUCCAUGUCUCACACUCCCAGGAGUCUCCACAGACACAUCUGCAUCAUCAUUAUCAUCAUCAUCAUCAUCAUUCCCCUCAGCUCCUCCAGACCUGGUGAAAGCCUUACGGACGCUUUAUUUAUCUUUGAAUAUGAGAGUAAACUAUGUCAGAUGUAUUUUAGCUGGACAUGGGAGAUAUUUAUUAUGGUAACAUGUGCAAUAGAUUUUAUAUAGGAUCCUUUGGAUUAGUAAUAAACAAGGUUCUUUUGAAGCAAAAGUUUUAUUUAAUAGAUGCAAAGGUUCUCUGCCAGCCUAUUUCUAACCGUUUAAAAAGUAAAGAGAUUAAAUUAAAUAUUUUCAUAUGAAAAAGUCUGCGCUAGUUAUUUAAAGUUCAUUGUUUCCUGCCAAAUAAAAUCCUCGAAUGCCAUC